AUGGUAGAGUGUGGGUUUGUGGUAAAAAUUGCAGUGGCAAGCGUGGAGCAACAGAGGUCAGAAUCACCUGCGAGCAUGCAGAGUCUCAAACUCGAGAAUCCAGAGACUACUAAGGAAAUGACUAGUAAAGAUGGGAUCGCGCCUAAAAUGAUGAGCAAAGGGGGCGGGAAGGGGGGCUGGCUGAAGGCCCCACUUUCGGAGGCCCAAGAGCCCCACGGGAUGGAUGAAGGUGUGGUCAGUGCCGGUGGUGUUGCGGACCUUAGUUCGAAACAGAGACACCAAAUGAAGCACAGAGAACUUUUCUUAUCUCGUCAAGUAGAAACGAUGCCUGCCACACAUAUACGCGGCAAAUGCUGCGUAACACUACUCAAUGAAACCGAAUCUUUAUUGAGUUAUCUCAAUAAAGACGAUUCAUUUUUCUACUGUUUAGUUUUUGAUCCGGCUCAACGUACUUUGCUCGCCGACAAAGGAGAGAUUAGGGUGGGUAGUAGAUAUCAAGCGGACGGAAUUGCGUCUGUGCCGCUUACACCUGCAGAACGGGAAACGGAUCCCCGUAGAUUGCAAGAUUUAGAAACAUUAGUUUGGACGCCACGCCACUCGUUAACGGAUCGUCAAAUUGACCAGUUCCUCGUCGUCAGCCGGUCAGUGGGUACCUUCGCCAGAGCACUGGACUGCUCUUCCUCCGUUAAACAACCCUCGCUGCACAUGUCGGCUGCAGCAGCCUCCAGAGACAUCACCUUGUUCCAUGCCAUGGACACUCUUCACCGACAUAAUUACGAUGUGGCGAAAGCCAUGUCAUCUCUAGUACCAAGUUCAGGGCCUGUAUUAUGCAGAGACGAAAUGGAAGAAUGGAGCGCUUCUGAAGCGAAUCUUUUCGAAGAAGCGUUAGAUAAAUACGGAAAGGACUUUUCUGAUAUUCGUCAAGAUUUUCUGCCGUGGAAAACGUUAAAAAACGUGAUUGAGUACUACUACAUGUGGAAAACGACGGAUCGCUACGUGCAGCAGAAAAGAGUGAAGGCUGUUGAGGCCGAGAGUAAAUUGAAGCAGGUCUACAUACCGAACUACAAUAAAUCCCCGGCCUCAUCGACCGCGCCUUCGGUCGCUACCAUAAUUCCUCUCGGCAACAGUAAUAACAAUAGUAACGGUAAAACAGCAAAUAUCCUCAACGGUAGCAGCAAUGGCAACAUAAGCGAUGGAUGUAUGCUGAUGGUUGGAGUCGGUGGAAAGCCUUGCGAAAGCUGUCAAACGAUGCAGAGUCCGCAGUGGUAUGCCUGGGGACCGACGCAUAUGCAGUGUCGCCUCUGCCAGCCCUGUUGGCUCUAUUGGAAGAAAUAUGGAGGACUCAAGAUUCCAUCGCGGAUUGACGAUGCGGACUUGGACCGUAAACGAGGAGGAACGGGCUCUGAUGAAGAAGGCAAGGGAAUUGGUGGUGCUCACCGGCCACAUCGAUGCAGCAUUCCCUCAUGUGGGAAAGAGUUUAAACUGAAGGCACACCUCAGUCGUCACUACGCGAGUGCACACGGUGUUGAUUUACGCGGUGCAGGAGGCGGUGGUGGAGGUGGCGGUGGUUCACCACGUCCAGUGAUGAAAACACGGUCCGCAUUCUACCUGCGUACAUCAGCACUGGCUCGUGCCGCGCGUCGACUCUGUGCGGCGCAAUUGCGAACUCGUCAUGCGGCUCGUGCUCCUCAUCAGCCGGUGAAUGCCGCACCAUUGAGACACUUGUGCACCUCGCCCCAAUUGAUGGCCAAGAGUUCGACGGAACUGCGCAUCCUGGCGAGAGCAGUGCGUCCUCGACCACGUCCUCGCGUCACGGAUAUUGCCACUCGACUCGGCGAUCAUCCAACGCCACGACAACCCGGAGACUGGGAUUGGCUCGUUCUCACUACGCCCGGACAACGAAAGCAACCGGACCGCGUCUCUUUCCCACGACCACCAAAAGCAGCGGAAUUAAAUGCUAAUAAUCGACCACCAAAUUCACAUUUUCAUCCACACCAGCAACUUCAAGUUGAAGAACCUCCCCCUCAGGCUGUAGAUCCUCCCCCAACACACCCACAAUUCCAUGAGAUCAGUCACAAUGGGAUAACUGCACAUUUGGUUUAUAAUCGGAAUGGAAAUGUAGUACAAAUACAAUUGGGACCACCUCCUCGAGCACCUCCACCUCAGCAAUAA